UCGGAGUUGUAAAAGCGCCAGUCGCUGAAGUUUUGAGAAGGACUUGACCUGGAAAUGAAGAUGAUGUUUGUGAGAUUUGCUCUCGGCGUCCACGGAGCGCGAGCGGCCACACGGAGCUCCACGCGCGCUUUGGGACACGGGCACGCGCGCAGCCUCAGCAGUGACACAGAUUUGUCGGGCUUUAAAGAACGGACUUUGGUCGCUGUGAAACCUGAUGGCGUUCAGAGGCGUCUGAUCGGUGACGUCAUCAAGCGCUUUGAGCAGCGAGGAUUCCGAUUGGUGGGUCUGAAGAUGCUGCAGGCUUCUGACAAGCUUUUGGCUCAGCAUUACAUCUCGCUGCGGAAGAAACCCUUCUACUCCAGCCUUCUGUACUACAUGACCUCUGGCCCUGUAGUCGCCAUGGUGUGGGAGGGGCAUAAUGUGGUGAGGUCAUCGCGUAUGCUGGUGGGAGACACUGACCCUGCUGACGCUUCACCUGGAACUAUUAGAGGAGAUUUCAGCGUUCACAUCAGCAGAAAUGUGGUGCAUGCCUCUGAUUCUGUGGAAGGAGCGGAGCGGGAGAUCUCGCUGUGGUUUGAUUGCUCAGAGCUCAUCGACUGGGAGGGAUGCGAUCAUAAAAACAUUUACCACAUUUAAGAGGGGCCGGCGACUAUGCGUUCAAUUUACUGG